UUUUGAGGGUCCAAGAAGAAUAAUACCAGUCUUCCAGUGAAUUCCUUGCUUGGCGCCGGCGUCAACUCUGAAUCGGAAGACCUAGGGCUACAACCCUGAUUCGCUGCUAUUUGCUGAGGCCAUGGAUCCUCAACCUGAGCCUGUUAGCUACAUCUGUGGAGAUUGUGGGAUGGAGAACACUCUUAAACCAGGUGAUGUGAUACAGUGCCGAGAGUGUGGUUAUCGAAUCCUCUAUAAAAAGCGAACUCGUCGCAUUGUCCAGUAUGAAGCACGUUGAAGAAAACUGUCACAUCAUUGCUGGGAAAUCAUCACAUAAAUGUCUUGAACGUGGUUUAUAAUCAUGGUUUUCAGUGUGCUGUCCAUAAAAUUGAUGAACAAUUUGAUACUUGAACUAUGUGAUUAACUCUGCCAAUGUGGUUGCAUUUGUGCAAUGGCUGGUUAUUGCUAGUGCCAUUUUGUGGGAACUUACAUUUGGUAAAAGAGAAGGAACUGUGAAGUAUGUGGUUUUGUUUUA